CUCGCGAGGAUGGUCGCGCGGCGCACUCACCUUCGGUCGAGAAUGGAGCUACAAGCGUUAACGCUUCUCAACUCCCACACCCACGUGUGAUGCCUAUGCUGCAGUCACCGCCGGCAGUGGCACCAGAACCAGAACCAGCACCAGCACGACUGCGUUCUGUCUGGUCUAUCCCCUUAUCACCUUCACCAGCCCCACCGCAGACACGACGACCACUUCCGCAGCAUGGAGCGCACUCGACAGCAGCCAUCCAAGGACAAGGCCCCAAGAACAAGCCUCGUCCAGUUUGUGAUCUUUGCCACAGAUCAUUUGCAUCGACCACGACGCUUAAGAGCCAUCGCAAGACCAUCCACCUAGGAACCACUUGCAACUGGGGCACAUGUCAACAACGAUUUAAUAACCCCGUCAAGCUAGCCUCUCACCUCCGAGCACACCAGAUCACCGCGGCUGUCGGCGACGAACCUGGUCAGUUCCUAUGCCAUUUCCCUGGCUGUACUCGACACUUCCCCAACUGGGGGUUCAAUGUAGAUGUGUUCUAUGCGAAGGAAUGA